AUGGAUCUACCAAUGAAGAUAUUCACUCAUUCUUCAAAUCGUAAUCAGUUUGCUUGGAAUACCAUCAUUAGAGGCUUUUCAAUUAGUCAAAACCCAGAAAAAGCUCUUCACAUAUUUAUCAAAAUGCUUAGAAAAACUAUUGAGCCUGAAAGCUUUACAUAUGCUUUUGUACUUAAAGCGUGUGCGAAGAUGAAUGCGUUUCAGACAGGAAUCUGUUCAUGUUAUAGUAUUAAAGAUGGGUAUGGAAAUCAUUUGUUUGUUGCUAAUACUAUGAUUCAUUUUUACGCUUCGUGUGCAAAUUUGGGUUCUGCAAGGAAGUUGUUUGAUGAAUUGUAUCAACCAAAUGCUGUGACGUGGAAUGCUUUGAUCUCGGGUUAUGUACAGAAUGGCUCGCUGAUGAGGGACUGA